GACACGCCCAUUUUCUUUCACCCUUCACAAAAUACUCCACCGGCACCAAUACCGUACAAGAGUCGAGUAGCUCAUUGCGAAAAUUGAUUUGAGCAGCGGGCCGGCCGGGCGGGAUGCAGGCGCAUGCUACCGGUAUAGCAUGCUGUGGACAUGUGAGUGUUUCGUGAUAUUACUGUAUUAGUUCGUCUGUUGUAACACGGUGGCUGUGCCUUUGGAAGAAGAUCCCGGGGAUAUUUAUUUGCAGGGUACUGGCGCUCGAAUGAAGUUUUACAAAGAGGCUGACUUCAUCCAAUUUUCUCAAUAGGAUGAUAGAUUCGAGUUGUUGAAUUUAGAAGAAAGAGAUCGGCAAUAUUUUGAGUUGUCCUGGUCGAGUUCAUUCUCCUGUUGCAUAGCAUGGCGAAUCUUACAGCCGCCUCUGGAUUUUUGAAGAACACUUGGUCUCUCCCUCGCUAUCUUGCUAACAAGUCUAGGUUCCUCACAACAAGUUCUUGUCUUCAGAAAGAGAAGAAACAGCCUACUUCAGCCCAUUUGAUUCUCCAGGAUGGUACAACAUUCACUGGUUAUUCCUUUGGUCAUCAUAAAUCAGUAGCUGGAGAGCUUGUCUUCAACACAGGUCUUGUUGGGUACCCUGAAUCACUGACGGAUCCAAGCUACAGAGGUCAAAUCUUGACCUUGACCUAUCCCAUUGUUGGUAACUAUGGAGUACCAGACACCAAGGCUGUGGACCAACAUGGUCUCAUGAAGCAUGUGGAAUCAGAUAAGAUACAGGCUACAGGCCUAUUGGUCCAGGACUACUCCUACCACUACAGCCACUGGAACUCUGUCAAGUCCCUCUCUGAAUGGCUGAAAGAGGAAGAGGUUCCGGCUGUCUAUGGCAUUGACACCAGGAUGCUCACCAAGAAAGUCAGAGAUAAGGGUACCAUUCUUUGCAAGAUAGAAUUUGAUGGUGAUCCCAUAGAGUUUGAUAACCCCAAUGAAAGGAAUCUGAUGUCAGAGGUAUCUACAAAGGAGGUGAAGAUCUAUGGCAAGGGGAAUCCCCAUAAGAUUGUCACUGUUGAUUGUGGUAUCAAGCACAACAUCAUCCGCAGCCUAGUCAAGAGAGGCGCUGAAGUCCAUCUUGUACCAUGGGACUAUGACUAUAAUCAGAUUGAAUAUGACGGUCUCUUCAUAUCUAAUGGUCCUGGAGAUCCUGCCCUUGCCACUGCUGCUAUAGACAACCUCAAACAGGUAUUGGCUCAGGAGAAUCCUAACCCCUUGUUUGGUAUCUGUAUGGGCAAUCAGUUGACUGGCUUAGCAGCAGGUGCCCCAUCCUACAAAUUGCCUCUUGGUAACAGGGGUCACAACCAACCAGUUAUCAAUGUGUUGAGUGGUCAGGCAUUUAUUACAUCUCAGAACCAUGGCUUUGCUAUAGACGGUGACAAAUUACCCCCAGAAUGGACACCAGUCUUCAUCAAUGCCAAUGAUAAUACUAAUGAGGGUAUCAUGCAUAAGACAAAGCCAAUCUUCACAGCUCAGUUCCACCCGGAGCAUAAAGGAGGACCAACAGAUACAGAGUUUCUUUUUGAUAAUUUCAUGGACAUGGUCAAAAGUGGCAAGACCAUGAAAGACCUUGAAUCCAACUUCAAAACAUCGGGAAAGAGAGCAGAGAAGAUUGAAGUCUCCAAGGUUCUGGUUCUAGGAUCUGGAGGAUUGUCCAUUGGUCAAGCGGGAGAGUUUGAUUAUUCGGGCUCUCAGGCCAUCAAGGCACUUAAGGAAGAGAAUGUUAAGACUAUCUUGAUGAAUCCAAACAUAGCCUCGGUUCAGACCAAUGAGUAUGGUGAGAAGCAGGCCGACAGUGUCUACUUCGUACCCAUCACACCAGAAUUUGUCACCGAUGUCAUCAAGCGGGAGAAACCUGAUGGGAUCCUGCUUUCCAUGGGAGGCCAGACUGCUCUCAACUGUGGGGUGGAGCUGUAUAAAAGAGGGAUCCUGCAGGAGCAUGGAGUACAGGUGUUAGGUACUCCCAUUGAAUCUAUCAUGGCGACCGAGGAUAGACAGACAUUCAAUGAUAAACUCAUGGAGAUUAAUGAAAAGAUUGCUCCCAGUGUGGCCGUAGAAACCGUAUCUGAUGCUCUUGAUGCUGCUAGGAAGAUUGGUUAUCCAGUAAUGGUGAGGGCAGCUUAUGCCCUUGGAGGCCUGGGGUCAGGGGUCGCAGAGAAUGAAGAAGCUUUGAGAGCUAUAGCAACAAGGGGUUUAGCUUUGUCUAAUCAACUGUUGAUAGAGCAGUCUCUACUAGGAUGGAAGGAGGUUGAGUAUGAGGUGGUCCGGGAUGCAUCAAAUAAUUGUGUCACGGUAUGCAACAUGGAGAACUUUGACCCUCUAGGAGUCCAUACAGGUGAUUCCAUCGUGGUUGCCCCGAGCCAGACCCUCUCCAACCAAGAGUACCACAUGCUGCGAGAGACGGCCAUCAAGACUGUCCGCCAUCUUGGUAUCAUAGGAGAGUGUAACAUCCAGUAUGCUCUUCACCCAUCAUCCCUGGAGUAUUGUAUCAUUGAGGUGAAUGCCAGGCUCUCUAGGAGCUCUGCUCUAGCCUCUAAGGCCACAGGCUACCCGCUGGCCUUCAUUGCCGCCAAGCUUGCCCUGGGUAUUGCCUUACCGGACAUCAAGAACAGUACCACCCAGGCCACCACAGCAUGCUUUGAACCUAGUCUGGAUUACAUCGUUACCAAAAUCCCUCGCUGGGACCUGGACCGUUUCCAUGGUACCUCCAAGCAGAUCGGCAGUGCCAUGAAGAGCGUCGGAGAGGUGAUGGCUAUUGGACGUACCUUUGAGGAGAGUCUUCAGAAGGCUCUUCGUAUGAUUCAUCCAUCCAUCGAUGGUUUCACCCCAGACCUUCCCAGUGGCAAGACGUUACCUGGUAACCUAGAGGAGGAGCUUAGAGUACCAUCCAGCAACCGUAUCUAUGCUAUUGCCAAGGCAUUCCAAGAUGGUUUCUCAGUGGAUAAGAUCCAUGAUUUGACAGCCAUUGAUAAGUGGUUCUUACACAAGCUAGACAAAAUCAAAAGCAUUGAUGAUGAGCUGGGAGAAUUCAAUGCUGAAACCGUACCUCGCACCACACUACUGGAAGCUAAAGGUGCUGGUUUCUCUGACAAACAAAUCGGCAAGAAGAUAGGGCUCUGUGAGACUGAUUCUAGGAAACUCAGACUUUAUCAUGACAUUGCUCCAUGGGUCAAACAGAUUGACACUCUGGCAGCCGAGUAUCCAGCUAAGACAAACUACCUGUAUUGCACUUAUAAUGGCAUGGAACAUGACCUUUCAUUUGAUGACAGAGGUACAAUGGUUUUGGGAUGUGGUCCUUAUCACAUAGGAAGCAGUGUAGAGUUUGACUGGUGUGCAGUGUCCAGCAUCCGGUCACUGCGUGAGUUGGGCCGUAAGACAGUAGUGGUCAACCAUAACCCCGAGACGGUCAGUACAGAUUUUGAUGAGUGCGACCGUCUCUACUUUGACGAGCUGUCCAGGGAAAGGGUGCUGGACAUUUACCAGCAUGAGGGUUGUACAGGAAUGAUCAUCUCAGUGGGUGGACAGAUACCCAACAACCUGGCCCUACCCCUGUAUAAUGAUGGUGUCAAUAUCCUAGGAACCAGCCCUCUACAGAUCCAUGCUGUGGAAGAGAGGUCGAUAUUCUCUGCCAUUCUUGAUGAUCUGAAUGUUGAUCAAGCCCCUUGGAGAGCCCUUUCAUCAUUGGAUGAAGCCUUGGAGUUUGCCGCAAGUGUUGGAUACCCCUGUCUUCUCAGACCUUCAUUUGUUCUAAGUGGGUCAGCAAUGAAUGUUGCCUUUGGACCAGAGGAGCUCAAACGCUUCUUAGAGGAAGCUACAAAGGUAUCCCAAGAACACCCUGUUGUCAUCACUAAGUUCAUAGAGGGCGCUAGAGAGGUAGAAAUGGAUGCUGUGGCCAGGAACGGAAAGGUUGUUGCUCAUGCAGUGACAGAGCAUGUGGAGAACGCAGGGGUACAUUCGGGAGAUGCUACUCUCAUCUUACCCCCUCACACACUAACGGAUGAACAACAGAGGAAGGUGAGAGAAAUGACGGCCAAGAUUGCUCAGCGUUUCCAGAUCUCUGGACCAUUCAACAUUCAGUUCUUAGCCAAGGACAAUGAAGUCAAGGUUAUUGAGUGCAAUCUGCGAGCUUCUCGUUCAUUCCCUUUCGUCUCCAAGACAAUCAACUGUGACUUCAUCAAUGUAGCAACCAAGAUCAUGGUGGGAGAACAUAUCGACCCUAGUCUCCUUCCAAGCCUUAAGAACCCAUUUGUGCCACAGGGAUAUGUUGGCAUCAAGGCUCCAAUGUUCUCUUGGCCAAGAUUACGUGAUGCUGAUCCUCUUCUUAGGUGUGAGAUGGCCUCUACAGGAGAGGUGGCUUGCUUUGGUCCCAAUGUCCAGACAGCAUUCCUAAAAGCCUUGCUCUCUACAGGAUUCAAGGUGCCCAAGAAGAGUAUCAUGAUCGGCAUACAGAAGACCUUCCAAUCUGAGUUCCUUCCUACCGCUAUGAAGUUCCAUCAGAUGGGUUACGAGUUGUAUGCCACAGAGGCAACGGCAGAAUACUUGGAGGCCCACAACAUUCCUACCACAACAGUUGGCUGGCCGCUUGUUGACCUACACGAGAAGAGUGAUGCCACAAAUGCAACUAAGUUGAUAUAUGAGGGUGAUAUUGAUCUGGUUAUCAACCUGCCAAACCAUAACACCAAGUAUGUGAAAGAUAACUUCCUCAUACGACGAGCUGCAAUCGACUCCGGAGUUCCUCUCUUCACCAAUUUUGAGGUGGUGAAGUUAUUUGCUGAAGCUUUAGAUCACGUUGGACAGCUUGAUGCCACAUCACUCUUUCACUACAAGCGCCCUACAGGCAAGUCGGACAAGGUGAUUACAUCCUGAAUGUAAACUACCCUAUUUAUUAUGACAGUCCCUGCUCAGAUUUGAAAGUAAUCUUAUUUUCUACAAUUCAAGUAUUUAUUUCAAAAAUUCAUUAAAAAGAACACAAUGAGAACAAAAUUGUAUAUAUAUAUAUUCUGCCUGAAGAUCGCCGAAAGCGUGAAACCGACAAAAUAUCUAUAUAUAAAAGAUAUGAAAUUAAUCAAGAUAUCAUCAGCGUCACAUUGAUAGUUUAGAUUUAAAGUAUGAUGUGCUCAUCUGUUCAAUCACAGUAAUUCAAUCAAGUUCUGGACUAAGUGCUAAAAACUUUUUACAGUGGAAAUGUAUUUCACUUAUUAUACUGAAAUGGCUGAUGUGAAGCGUGCAAUGAAGUUUUGUAUGACCAUUCCAGCCUACCUUUCUACUUAUUAUUACUUAAAAUUAAUUUACUCACCAUUUUGUAUUUGGUUAAAUAAAAUUUUUAAAUGGGAGAAAAAUAUAAAUGAUUGAUUGAUGAAAAUAUAUCAUUAUGUAUUAAAGCAAGGUGGUUGUCAUUUUCAUAGCAUUAUUUUCUGAUGUCUUUUGCUAAAUAAUAUUCCAUAUUUUAUCUUUUAAGAAAUACAUGAACUGUACUUUUUUUCUUAAAAGUGAACAGUUCACCUGUGCAUUACAUGUAAAAUCAUUCAUUAAGAAUAUUUGCAGUAACCAUGAAUCAAGUCAUGUCAUGAAAUUUACAAUAUUUGUCAUAUGGUUUUGCAGCUCACAAGUUAAGGUCACAAAAUAAGAUUUGGGUUACUGUACAUAUCAUUUUAUGGACUUCCAUCAAACUUUUAUUCUAUUAUUUUUCUAAUUUUUGUUCUACUUUUGUUAAAACCAAUUUUGACAAAAAGAUGGACUUCCGUUUUAAUAAGAAAUUGGUAUUAGAUUAAGAUUUGAAACUUGGUCAGGAUAUGUUGCGGUUGAAAUUAAAGGUGUGAAAAUAAUGUUUUCACUUGGGCAAAGGUAAAUCUUACCAAAUCUUAACUUGGCUGAAUAUAGGGAAUAUGCAAAUACUAUUAAAUUUGUAAGACUUGAAUUAUAUUGUUUUGGUACAAAAUGAGAGCAAUAUUUAGAUAUGUUAUUGUAUGUGUCUGUCGGUGCAUGCAUGAAUUUGAAUGUAUACUUCUGAAAUAUGUGAAACAGGCAAGGUGUGAUAUUUAUUCAUUAUUUAUAAUUUUUAUUUCCAGUGGGUAGCAUUGCCAUUUACAAAAUUGUUUUCCACAAUGGCUGCAUAACUUGUUUUUUGUUGUGGAAACAUUAGGAGGGCUUAUUUAAAAAAAAUAUAUAUAUGUAUAUUUCUCAUGUAUAUUGGCCAUAUCAAUAGGCACACAAUGAAAUAUUUAAAGUUAAAUACUCAAUAUCAAAUAUUGAAGUUUUCAUAGUUCUGACUCUCAAAAUUCACUGAUAUAAAUAAAAAAAUCACUGACAGAUAUCCAUUUAUAACAUUUUGAUGGCUGAAUGAUUCUUUUAUGUAAAUUCUUUUAAAGAUAUCGGCUGAACAGGGUUCAAUAAACUUUAUGAAUAUUUGUUUAAUAGUAUAUUUGUUCAUGAAUUUAUUUAUGUAUAUUUCCAUAGGAAGUGCAAUUAGUUUACAUCACAUAUGCAUCAUAAAAAACAGAACCAAUAUUUACGAGACAUACAAUUCUAGCUGUCUAUAAACAGGGGCCAAGUCCACGAUUGAUAACAGUUCUAUUGAAUAAUUUUCUAUCUGUGUACCAAUCUUUUAAAUGAAAAUCUGCCUAUUUAAUGAGAAAAAAUGCACGAAAAAUAUUCUUUCUAAUUUCAUCAUUAUAGGAUUAUUUAUAGUAUCUAGUAAAGAAAUAUAUUUUCUCUAAAAUUGACAUUAUACCUUAAUUUUGCAAUGAGUUUAUCAUGUGAAAGAAAUUGAUAUUGUAAAAUUAUCUACCCUUGGUAUGAUUUCAAAAACUUGGGACAUUGUUUUGUUGCGCCUGUUUGUGCUUUUUUGUCACCUGUGACCCAUCAUUAUGGGGUUUUUUUCUUCAUGUUCUGAGGAAAAUUAUUUAUUUAGUUAGUGCGACUAUUACAGUACUGACAUUUGGAAAUACUUUUGUAUUUUGUUCUUGGAAAGCAAGGUUUUUU